CUCGCCCCGCUCUCGGGGGCUCCAUGCGGCGGCCGCCGGCAUGCCCGGCACGCCCCGCCUGCUGCCGCCGCUGCUCGCCCUGCUGUGCCUCGGGGCCGCGCGGGGCGCCGAGCCCGACCCCGACCGCGACCCCGACCGCGACCCCGACGAGCCGUGGUGCCCCUACAAGGUGGGCGGCGAUGGCGCGGCGGCGGCGGGGGCGCGGCUCUGCUUCCGCCCGCCGGCCCGCGGCUUCCAGUGCGCGGCUCGGGGCUGCCGCGCCCACCGCUCCGCCGGCGGCGCGCUGGUGGCCAACGUGCUGCGGAACGGCAGCGUGCUGCUGCAGUGGGGGCUGCGGCACUGGGGGCCGCCGCGCCCGAACGCCGCCCUGCGCGGCUUCGCGCUCAACUGCUCCUGGGACGGCACCUACACGCGCUUCCCCUGCGACAGCGUGGAGCUGGGCGCCGCAUGUCGCGAUUAYCUGCUGGCCGAGGCGCACGGCAGCGUGCGCUACCGCCUGUGCCUGCAGCCGCGCUACGCCCCGCCGCGCCCCGCGCCGCCCGCGCAGUGCGUGGAGUUCCGCGUGGAGCCCGCGGCCAUGCGGGACAUCGUCGUGGCCAUGACGGCYGUGGGGGGAUCCAUCUGCGUCAUGCUCGUCUUCAUCUGCCUGCUCGUGGCCUACAUCACCGAGAACCUCAUGAGCCCCGCGCUCGCCCGCGGAUCAGCCGCCGCCGCCGGUCCGCACCGCGCGUAGUGCGGGAGCGGGGAUGCUGCGCCGGGCGGAUCCCGCGGAGGUYGUUCCAGCGCUUUCCGCCGAGGGAAAAAGAGGUUUUCCAGACUGUUCUGGCAGCGUCGGGUUUGCCRUGCUCAGAUUUCCAGGAUGUGGGUUUCCAUCGGAGCUCUUCUUCCUCCUAGGGUGGCUUCUCAGCCGGAGCCAUCCGUGGUUAGUGAACUCGUGGCAUCUCAGCGGAUCAAAAGACAAUGGCAGAGGGCCACAAGUGCCAGAAAUUGUCUGUUUUCAAGGGCAAACGGCAGAUCUUACCGACGGCCUGUUAGAAAAGACUCUCCAGAACACCCUUAUUUUAAGCCUAAAACCUCUUGGUCUU